CACUCAGAAAAAAUGACUCGAAUUACAAGAUCAAAUAAAAAUCACCCCAAUGGGGAAAUGAUACAUCAUGUCCAAGAAACUAUUCGGUUCCUACAAAGGGAACGCAACCGAUACACCAAUCACGAACAUUACACAAGGCAUUUAAUUGAAGUAUCGGAACAAGCCCAAGACCUUGAAGAAAGGUUAAGAACAUACCAAGUAGCUCCCACGGUGGGGGCCUGGGAGUUAACAGAACUUCGCAAUGAA